AUCAGUCCGACAGCUGCCCCGCGAUGAAUGGUAUGCAUGCGGCGAGCGUGCUCGUCGUCAUAGUGGUGCCGCUUCUGUUUUGCGUUUGCUGCUUCGCUCGAGAACAAGCUGCUUUCACGCUAACCGUGCUGCACACAAAUGACGUGCACGCGCAUAUCGAAGAGAGCACGAAGUACGGUGCCAUGUGCAGCGACAAAGAUAGGAAAAACAAGACCUGCGUUGGAGGCGUUGCUCGAAUCAAGACAAAGGUCGAAGAAUUGAAGGCGCGAUAUCCAGGAGCCUUGUUCUUGAACGCUGGUGACUUCUUUCAAGGAACCGCGUGGUACACCGUGCUGAAGGAGAAAAUAAUUUCGGCCGUCAUGACGAGAAUGCAUUACGACUUAUGUGUGAAAUGCCUCGGAAACCACGAAUUCGACGACGGACCGGAGGGACUCGCGCAUCAUCUUUUGGCCUUGCAACGAGCUAACGUGACAAUAGUGGGCACGAAUACGGACUUUUCCGAAGAGCCGGCUUUACAAAAUAUCACUCUCCCCAAAUCAGUGAUGAUAGAAAUUAACGGCGUAUCAGUGGGCAUUGUCGGUGCCGUACUUCCGGAGACAAGAUUUUUGUCGAGCACCGGUAAAGUGAAGUUUGAAGACGAAAUCACAGCCAUCAAACAAGAAUCAGAAAAACUCGAAAAAGAUGGAGUAAAAGUGAUUGUGGCAAUAACGCACUCGGGAUACCCAAGGGACAUCGAAAUCACGAGACAAGUCAAACAGUUGGAUCUGCUCGUUGGUGGACACACGAACACCUUUCUGUAUCACGGUCAAGGCUAUCCAAAGGAGAACACCCCAGAAGGAGACUAUCCUACUGUCGUAAAUAGAACCGAUGGUAGCGUAGGUCUUGUCGUGCAAGACUAUUGGUUCGGAAAGUUUUUAGGUUUCUUACAAGUCAGCUUUGACAACAAUGGAAAUGUUAUAAAUUGGACGGGAAAUCCUAUACUGUUGAACAGUUCAGUGAAAGAAGAUAAGGAAAUGCUGGAAGUCAUCGACUGCUACAAGGAAAACGUGACGCGAGCCAUCAGCGAGGUGAUCGGCAUCUCGAAGGUCAAGCUAGAGCAAGCGGACCAAGUUUGCCGGCUGCGCGAGUGCAACCUGGGCAACUUGAUAGCGGACGCCUUCUUCGCCUACUACGCGGACAAGAAGAGCAGCGAGCCCGACCUCUGGUCUGACGUCAACGGCGCCCUGUUCAACGGAGGCGCCAUCCGCGCGCCCAUCCCUCAAAAUCAUAACAUAACGAUGGGUCACAUAUUAGCUACGAUGCCUUUCGGAAUGUCAGUCGUCAUCAUCACACUCAAGGGCUCCGAGCUAAGGAGCAUGUUCGAACACUCAGUGUCCGAGUACAGUUUUGAAAAGAGGCAGGGCCAGUUCUUGCAAGUGUCGGGUAUCCGUGUGACGUACAACCUGCGGAAUCCUCCUAAGUGUCGUGUUGUGUUACUUCAAGUUUUGUGUCGAAGAUGCAAAGUGCCACGAUACGAGCCAGUGAAUGACACCGGUGUGUACAGAAUCGUCACUACAGACUAUAUCACAAAAGGAGGUAGACGGCUACCCAAAAGCAACCAACGCUACAACCGGAGGACCUGCAGACUACUCAGUUCUUGUGGAUCAUAUAAAAAAGAUGACUCCUGUAAAAUCGGCCAUUGAGGCACGCAUAACGCUGCUUAACGGAUCUGAACCUGUAAUGAUUCCAGGCGACCCUGUCACAAACCCGUUAUUCAGAGAAAAAGAAGAACCGGAUGAAAGACUACUUUCAAGUCCCCUAAGACAACUGAAGCAUGUGCUCAACAUUAUUCUGCGAAGUUGGCCAUUUCAUCAAAACAAAGUGUCUGAGAUGUUAGGAAAAUAAAAGUGUAACUCACGU